AUUGUUGACUCUUACUUCCUUCUUAUUUUUUUCUUUUCCUUUUCUCUCUCUCUAUUCUCUUUCUCCUGAUUCGUUCUUCUUCAUCUUUCUUUGGCCUUGCGAAGAUCUAGAAAAACCCUAGAACGCACCAAGAUCUAAAGGAAGAUCAAAAUAGGGUUUAAAUUAAUGGGGAGAGGGAAGAUUGUGAUCCAGAAGAUCGAUGAUUCCACGAGUAGACAAGUCACUUUCUCCAAAAGAAGAAAGGGUCUCAUCAAGAAAGCUAAAGAACUUGCUAUUCUCUGCGACGCCGAGGUCUGUCUCAUCAUUUUCUCCAACACUGACAAGCUCUAUGACUUUGCCAGCUCCAGUGUGAAAUCUACUAUUGAACGAUUCAAUACGGCUAAGAUGGAGGAGCAAGAACUAAUGAACCCUGCAUCAGAAGUUAAGUUUUGGCAGAGAGAGGCUGAAACUCUAAGGCAAGAAUUGCACUCAUUGCAAGAAAAUUAUCGGCAACUAACGGGAGUGGAAUUAAAUGGUUUGAGCGUUAAGGAGUUACAAAACAUAGAGAGUCAACUUGAAAUGAGUUUACGUGGAAUUCGUAUGAAAAGGGAACAAAUUUUGACCAAUGAAAUUAAAGAGCUAACCAGAAAGAGGAAUCUUGUUCAUCAUGAAAACCUCGAAUUGUCGAGAAAAGUACAAAGGAUUCAUCAAGAAAAUGUCGAACUAUACAAGAAGGCUUAUGGAACGUCGAACACAAAUGGAUUGGGACAUCAUGAGCUAGUAGAUGCAGUUUAUGAAUCCCAUGCACAGGUUAGGCUGCAGCUAAGCCAGCCUGAGCAGUCCCAUUAUAAGACAUCUUCAAACAGCUAAGAUCAUAUAAGAGAUAUAUAACAAAUUGUUCGUUCUUGAUUAUCUCAAAACCCUUUCAAAUAUAUAUACGUGCAUAUUAUAUAUGAAGACUCGUUUGACUAUGUCAAUAUAUAUGUUUUCAUGCAGGAGUAAGUGUGAGUGUAAUCAUGUCGGAGAGCAAACCAAAGGUUUGAUUUGUACGAUAUAUACUUAUAUAUGGUCUCAAGUGAAAGCAAUGGAACAGCUUCUCGAUUAUAUUCUUUUUAGCUUUCACAUUUGGUUUUAAGUACAUAAUUAAGACAUACAUGAACUACAUAUAUAAUAUAUAUUUUAACUAAAAAAAUUGAGUGUGAUAUAGGUUGGUUUAGUAUAUAAGCUAUACUUUACCUAAAGUAAAAUCAGAGCUCACUUUUGUGUGUGUGUGUUUGUUUUUGUUAGUCAUUGAGAUUUUUAAUAAAGGGAGAUUCAUUUGAGAUGAUUGCUUCUAUAGUUUAGAGAAAAUUUGCAAAACAAAAAGAGUAUACUAUAUAUUGUCGUUUCAGG